GAGAAGAAUAAAUAUCAAAAUGGUAAAUAACCUCGGUGAAAACAAUUACAACAGAAUCUGUCUCCAAAAAGAAUCAUUAACGGUAACGUGGUUUAAUCCCCGUGGGACUCUAUAACCAAGAGCCUAGGAGAAUCUCCUUUUUGGACACCAUGAUUAAUCUUUCCAAAGAAUGCAAUUUUCACACUGAACCUUAUUGUCAUCAUCAUACUCGCACAAACAAGUCUUUGAGAACAUGUCAGCUCGAUAGAAGACUAUCUUAACCAUCUUCGUCUUUAGAUACAACACGGGAAAGAUUGAGCAGUUGAAGUGAUCUGAGGCAACAUAAACAAGAAUCUUGUUUAAUAGAGUCGAAAGCGUUAGGAUAGAGUUGAGUUAUAGGACUUGCCGAGAAUUUUAUUCCUACAUCAUUGUUCAAUUAACAGGCCUGAAGCCCAAUUUUGUAAUAAUUUUUAUAUGGGCUUUUGUUCACUUUAGCCUAACUGUUCCAAGAAAAUUGAUUGAGAAGAGCAACUUGUUUAAAUUUCUGUUUGUCAACGAUAUCGCAUUUCUUUUUUUCUUCGUUCAUUAGUUCGUUGAUAUUUGAAAUAUCAUAAUGUAAAAAUUGUAACGUGCAAGUCUAAUCUCAAUGACACACCCAAGGAAGCAACUAAUCUGAUUUUGACGUUAGUUAUCAUUUAACUAAUCGUAUACUAAUAUAUUACGUUAAGAAAAAAAAAAAAAAGGUAUAAUUAAGUUGGCAAAUUAUAAUAGUCUUUCUUGGCCUCCACGAAAUACACUAAUCAAAACUAACCAAACGCGUCAGAGGAACAUUUAUCAGAUUAACGUAAACAUCAUUUUCUUAAAAUGAAUCCCACACAACCCAUUACUUUCUUUUUUGUGAAAAGCUUCUAAUAAAAACCAAAUCUUUUAUGAUACAAAACGACUAGAGCGACAGAGAGAAAGUCGUUGAAGCAAAUGUUCCUGGAACAUUUAAAUCAGAAUCACAUUAGUUUAAUUCAUUACACAAGGUCAAAGCUUAUCCUUCACAUAAACAAAUACUUAGGUUUGGUUUCAGACUUGCUUGCAAUACAUAACAAAGCACGCAUCCAGUCUUAUAUAUAUAUUUAAACACAAACAUUUUCUCAUCAAAACAUAGAAAAAAAAACAUAGAACCUGAUAAAACGGCUUGAGUGUUAUGGAGAUCAAGGUUGAUGAAGAAGCUGGGAUCGAUGAUGCUCAUCGGAUAAUAGAAGCAGAGAAAGUUCGUCGCAGGAUAGAAGCAGAGAAACUUCGUCGCGUGAUCCAAGAAGAGAAAGUUCCACUUCUGGAGGAUGAUAAAAUUCUAAUCCAAACUCGAGAGUUUCCUGCAAUAGAAAGAAACACAUGGAUACAAAAGGCAAUAGGUCAAACAUUUCAAACCACAUCUCAUCUAGCUAACCUUCUACCUACCGGGACCGUUCUUGCAUACCAAAUCUUGUCACCAAUUUUCACAAACGCUGGAAGCUGCAGUUUGGCUAGCAGAUUCAUGACCGCAACGCUAGUUUUCAUCUGCGGUUUCUCUUGUUUCAUACUUAGCUUCACAGAUUCUUACAAGGACUUGAAUGGAAACUCUUGCUAUGGAUUUGCUACGUUCAAUGGCUUCUGGAUCAUCGAUGGCUCAGCUACUCUUCCUCCAGAACGUGCCAGAACUUAUAAGUUACGGUUUAUAGACUUUGCACACGCUAUAAUGUCGUUUCUGGUGUUUGGAGCUGUGGUUAUGUUUGACCAGAAUGCGGUUAAGUGUUUCAUCCCUGUACCAUCAGCUGAAGAAGCUGAGAUUCUCACAGCUUUGCCCGUAGGAAUAGGUGUGUUUUGUAGUAUGUUGUUUGCUAUAUUUCCUACUACACGUCAUGGUAUUGGUUUCUCCCUCUCUGAUAAAUGAUGUUCUGGUUCAUUCAUUUAAAAUGUCAAAAUCUUUUGGAACUUCUUUGGAUUCUGACCUUAUUCUCUGUUGUAUCUGAGAUGAUCAUCUUAAUAGAGUAUCUCAAUGUUUGUGUAAAUUGUUCCACCUGGCAUGUUCA